ACAUGCAGGAAGAGAGGUAGACUGAUAGGAGUGCUGGAAAAAAUUGGGUGGCAGGACAGAGGGAGGGAGUAUAAAAGGACAGCUUGGUGGGGGGGUUGGGAGUCAGGCCAAGGAGAAUUUUGGAUAACCACGCAGAAUUUCUUCUAAUCUUGCAGACUCUUGUCUCCUCAGACAAUGGCGGACUUUGAUAUGGUUCUGAAGCACUGGGGUCCGGUGGAAGCGGAUUACAGCUCCCAUGGGAAUCUGGUUCUGACCCGCUUAUUCCAUGAGCACCCAGAAACCCAGAAGCUGUUCCCGAAGUUUGCUGGCCUUGGUAAGGGGGAUCUGGCUAGUAAUGCAGCUGUUUCUGCCCAUGGUGCCACUGUGCUGAAGAAGCUUGGUGAACUGCUAAAGGCUAAAGGCAACCAUGCUGCCAUCCUCAAACCUCUGGCCAACAGCCAUGCCACCAAGCAUAAGAUCCCAAUCAAUAACUUCAGGCUGAUUACUGAGGUGAUCGCUAAAAUCAUGGGGGAGAAGGCCGGCCUGGAUGCUGCCGGCCAGCAGGCCCUGAGGAAUGUGAUGGCCAUUGUCAUCGCUGACAUCGACUCCACUUACAAAGAGCUGGGCUAUACUGGUUGAACGCUGUGGUCACAAGUCAGACUUUAACCAUCAGAAAACCUUCUACUUGCAAGCACUUUCACAUUGUGACAUAGGCUCUUCUUGAUUUAAUAAGUAAUAAAACUGCUGGGAAUAUUAAUCUUAGCCUUUAAUAAAGCAUAAGCUUAAAGGACUUGCUUUCAUUGUAACUCACUGCCUAUUUGCUUAAUGUACGUCUAAAUUUCUGGAAACAAUUUAAAUGUACUGUUUAUAACUGCCUCAUUUUACCAAUAAAAAGCUCUGCUUCUC